UCGUUAAAAAAACCCUACUAAACUCAUCUUUAUACCUUCUUUCUCGUCUUUCACUUUGCUUUAGCUGCCGCAACCUCUCGCCAUCUCGGGCUCCUCUGCUUCUUCUUCAUCUUACUUUGCUUAAAGGAACAGCUAAAUCUCGGAGAUGGGUCGUGUACGUACCAAGACUGUGAAGAAGUCCUCUCGCCAGGUGAUUGAGAGGUACUACUCUCGAAUGACCUUGGACUUCCACACCAACAAGAAGAUCUUGGAGGAGGUUGCCAUCAUCCCUUCAAAGAGGCUCCGUAACAAGAUUGCUGGGUUCUCCACCCAUCUGAUGAAGAGGAUUCAGAAGGGUCCAGUUCGUGGCAUCUCAUUGAAACUGCAAGAAGAAGAGCGUGAACGCAGAAUGGACUUUGUCCCUGAUGAGUCAGCCAUUAAGACUGAUGAAAUCAAGGUUGACAAGGAAACCCUAGAGAUGCUUUCUGCUCUUGGCAUGUCAGACAUGUCUGGGCUUGUUGAAGUUGAGCCACAAACUAUGAUUCCUCCUCCAGUCUUCGGUCGGGGUGCUGGAGGACCUGGUAGGAGGUUCUAAGGUAAUUGAAGUUUUGUGGGUCUUUCAAGAAUGAGAAGUUUAGAUGUUCUUUUGAUUCACACUUCUUAUGUUUUUUAUGGAUGAUUUCGUGACUAGUUUUGUUCAUGGUUUUAAGAUGGAAAUUUAGUUAAACUUGAAUUUGGCAAUGACACUUUAGUUGAUCUGUUGGAUUUGUCUGGUCAUAUUAUAUUACAUAACAUUUUUGGCAGAUGUGCUUGCUGAAGUUAAUGUGUGAACCUUUGAAUUGUAUUGUUGAGAGGAAUAUGUUGUGGA